AUUCUACAUUUUGGGAGUAAACUUAAGUUAUUCUUCGUCCUAUUUGUACGGUUUGUAACCUCUAUCGAUACCACCGGAAUAUACGUACAAGCACGAGCAACGCAUAUUCAAGGAAAGUUAACUACCAGACCAUCGUGUCUAAUUCAAUCAACAGCAGCAGAAAUAUAUUCAAAGAUGUCGACGCGCCCGGAUGAUCACCGUCGUAAAUGGGACCGUAAGGAAUACGAGCGAUUGGCUCAGGAGCGACUGCUUGGAAAAACAGCUGCCACCUCCGAAGAUGACUCCGAACCCAUCACAAAAGAGCUGCUCAAGCAGCGCGAGUACAAGGUCGACUUGGACUCGAAGCUGGGCAAAAGUAUGGUCAUUAACAAAAGUACCCCUUCGUCCCAAUCCGGCGGGUACUAUUGCAAUGUGUGUGACUGCGUCGUGAAGGAUUCGAUCAACUUUUUGGACCACAUCAACGGCAAGAAACACCAGCGUAAUUUGGGCAUGUCGAUGAAGGUCGAAAGGAGUUCGUUGGACCAGGUUAAGGAACGGUUCAAGAUUAACAAAAAGAAAACUGAGGAGAAGAAAAAGGACUACGAGCUGGAGAGCCGGGUGAAGGAAGCCAAAGAGGAGGAGGAACGCUACCGGGAGUACAAACGCGAGAAGAGGAAAGAACGCAAACGGAAGAUUGAGGAAGUGGACGACAGCGUAGUGGGCACUUCGGAGCUAGCCGCCGUGAUGGGAUUCGCCGGGUUCGGGGGCAAGAAAAAAUAGGAAGUUCAUAAGAGGGGGCGUAGUAUUAUAUGUGGUAACUCAACUAUUUCUACACAGCAGCAGUAAGGCUAACAAUCUGAUAAGAAGCGUGUUUAAAAUCAACUACUAACGGAAAUCGUUCGUGUUUAUAAUUAUGCAACCUCAUGUACAUUUCGCCGUGUUUCCUCGGGAACUAUCGGUGUAAACGUCCUAACAAGUAGAGAAACAACUAACUACCGACAAAAGCUGAACGUCUAAGUGUUUUCACUUAAAUUUAUCUUUACAUAGAAUCGUAACUAUUAUGGAUAGACCACCCAUUGCAGCGAAAAGUAUUGGCAUAGAUAAAUAUAUUGAAAUGCAUUAUUCAGCCAAGAGGACAACGUGCAUGAUUUUCAAUAAAUUUACUACCUUUCGCUGUAGCAAGGUAGA